AUGGUGUCAAAUGCCCGAGACAAUAUUGAUGAAUCCAAUACCACUGCCAACCUUUUCUUAGGUGGUGUGCGGAGGGACUGGAUGGGAUCUGCGGAGAAGAACAGCUCGAACCGCUCACGGGAUUCUUCACGCGUUGAAAUGCCUGCUCCAGCCAACUCAAAUCCAGAAGCGACCCCCUUGUCCCCCGUUACGUCCGUUACCCCCUGUGAGACCCUCCAACCUUCCGCCAGUAUUGCAAGGGCAAAAAAUCCCGACACGCCAGAAACUGCCCUGCCCUCACCUGCGCUCAGCACAACAUCGCGCCCGAGUCCCGUUAGUGUAGACUUUAUCGCCUCAACUUCGAGGUUGCCGCCCGACUCGACUUCGACUGCGACGCAGAUUCAGGAAAAUAAUGACCGGAUGGCCGUUCAACCUCCUAAAGCGCCUGUCGCCGAACACAUACCCAGUUCUCUAGCGGUCGCGCAGUCGCAAACCGAUCUACCCUCCCGUCCACCGCCGGAAUAUCCCUCUUCCGACUCCAGGCCUCCACCACAAAGACAGAAUGAGGCUGCACCAAGUCCAGUCGCCCCGGUCGUCCCGGGCGUCUCCGAAGAGACAUGGAAUGGAUGGUCACUUCAGUUGAAAAGCAUGCAAGAGGAGUGGACUCAGACUGGAUUUUUACAAGCAUCUGAGGGAGAAAGAAACGUCGUUCGACCUCGAAUUAACCUGUUAGAGCAGGCAGUUGAUCAUAAGGAUCUCUUCUAUCUGGUGAUCCAUCAACUGUAUUGCCAAUAUACCAUUGACCCAUUGACCCUUGAGCGAAUUAGAGCACCUGCGAGAGGAAUGGAUAUGCUUUUUCAUCUUUUGGAAGAUAAUAGAAAGAUGAACCCUUCUGUUACAUUCAGAUUUGCUCAUUUCCCCUACUCCCCACAGCAAUUGUCCCAGCAGGAAUGGUACCUACGUACACUGCAGACCGUCCCUUUGUUUCUUAUGCGGGUUGCAAAUGAAAUGGCCAAGUUCUACAACCAAGCCACUCACGCUCCGUUGGUGUCCACUCUUUCAGAACUAUUUGGACAUCCUUCUCCGCAACCCAGUCAAGGAAUCGAAAUUUGA